UUUCGUCCAUUUCGUCUAAGCUUCUUCUUCUGUAGUGCUUCUCUGCUCGAUGGAAGAGCAACACACUGUACACACACAACGCCGGAUCUACGGCGACGUCGUUACCGGCGGCGCGACCUCACGCUCGCGGACUCCUCAUGGCGUACGGAAUCACCCUCUGGUUCUUCUUUACGAUUCGCCGCAGGGGUCGACGCAGACGCAUCCGCAUCCGCACUUGGCGGAUUUAUGGUUCGGUUCCCUGUCUCCGACACCCAACCCUAAUCACCAGCCUCCGAGCCCUCUCGAUCUCGGCGAAUGGAACUACCUGAGGUUACCUUUUUGGGAUCGGACAACCAUGGCAUCUGUCUCCACUUCAUUCUUCAUCUCAAGUGCUUCAAUGACCAUUCAGCCUUGCAGAAUUUCGCCAUCAAUUCUUUGAACAAAUGCAUGAGGCAAGUGCAAGGUCUUGUUUGCCUCUACCUGUCAUACGAUCCAAGACUGAACACACUACUUUCUUUAACUUUCCCAUUUGUUGUUGAUCAAUCCCAGUACAGUGGAUCCAUUACUUUAAACGCAAGGUGUCUAGUGUUUUAUAGCUCCGAAUUUUCUUCUGUUGCUCUUUGCAAACGCCAGAAGCUUUGCCGUGAACUCACAAAAGACCAACUUGAGCUGCAUCUGUAGGUCUGCAUCUGGAGAACUAUUGGAUUUGCGUCGUCGGUUUUCCAUGAUGCAAUCGCGUUCCUGAACAAUUUUCUUUUCUCGGUGAGUUCUACUCUGAAACUCAAUGCCAUUCAUGGAACAAAAUUGAUAGAGACUAGAAUAAUUGUUCCCCUAGAAUAUAAUUGAUAGGGAAUUGGAUAAGAAUUCCUAAGUUUAGUUUAUGGAAUGGAUUAAAUAGAUUGUUUUCCUUUUCUUCGUUUGAUUUAUAGGAAUGUUAUAAGUAAUUGUAGACAGCUGACCCAACCCACUCAAUGUGGUCUUCGACGUGCUCAACGAUGUUACUCAUUCAAUAAUAGAGUAAGAAUAGUUAUUCCUUGGAGAAUAAAAUGAAGUAAGAAUAGACAUUCAUAGAUCGUUUUUUCUGUGUUCCUUAGUAAUGUUCUGUUCUGUUCUUGAUGAGUUCUACUCUCUAACACUCAAUGCUAUUCAUGGAACAAGAUUGAUAGAGAAUAGAAUAUUUGUUCCCCUAGAACAGAAUUGAUAGAGAAUUGAGUAAAAAUUCGAAAGUUUAGUUUAUGGAAUGAAUUAAAUACAUUGUUUUCCUUUUCUUUUUUUGAUUUUUAGGAAUGUUGGAAGUAAUAGAUAAGGAAUAAAUAUUCAUAACAAAACAAAGAUUUCUGCAAGUAGUUGGGUAAGCAGGCUAACCCAACCCACUCAGUGGUCGGCUCACUCGAUAUGCCCAACAUCGUUGCUCAUUCAUGAAUAGAGUAAGAAUAGUUAUUCUAUGGAGAAUAAAAUAAAGUAUGAAUGGACAUUGCUCGAUCAUGUUUUCUUUAUGAUCUUUACUCGGUGUCAUGUAAUGUUAUUUAUGUGAUAAAAAUAGUAUGGUUAGUCCUCGAUAGGAAAAAUAGUUGUAGAUAAGGAAUAAAUCUUCACAAUGAAAUAAGGUUUCUUCAAGUAGUAGACAAUGAUCAUCUUUUUUUAGUGAAUUUGAUAAGGAAUAUAAUGAAAAUUCGUAAAUUUUGUUCAUGGAAUCAAAUAAAUGAAUCUUUUUUGUUUGUAUUUAUGAUACAUAAGAGUGUUGCAUAUAUCUUCACAGUGAAAGAAGAAUUCCUUCUAGUAGUAGACAAUGAUUCACUAGGUCACAAGGCCUAGUUGGCUCGCUCGACAUGCUCAACCAAAAAUGUCUACUUCAUCAAAAUUCAGACAUGUGAUUAUUUAUUUGAACCGAACUCAAUCUUGUUUUCUCCUGAGGUCAUUUCGUUUACUCUUGCAGCUUCUCAGAUCAUUCAAGUUGUAAGUUCACUCCAAGGCUAACAAACAAGUUCACUUCAGCAGCAGAAACCAAAAUUCAAGUGAUAAUCACUAAUCUUCAUUUUUUUGUGGUGUAAUUCUUUUCAAGAUAAUUUUUUUUUAUGUUCCAAAUGAUUUAAGAUAGAGAUCUUAAACCCUAAUUUUUGUAAAUGGUACUUGUUGACCAUCCCAAAGCAAAACCUUGUAUUUUACACAUCAGUGAACUUGCUACUUCUGUUCUUUACAUGGUAUUUCUAUCUGAUUUCUACAAUCUGUAUGAUGAAUGUAAUUAUGAAGUUGAUACUA